CAUCACCAUGUUGCAACCCAGAAUAUCGGCGCCUCUACGGCGGGUACUCGUGAACCCAGCAAUCGUUUGUCUUCGAUGCGAAACCCGCAGCGCAUUCCGUCCUUUCGCAGACCAAUUUUCCCGAAGCCUCACCACUUCACGCGACCCAAAGCAAUCCGCCAAACCAACCGCACCGCCGCCCACAAAAUCACAAUCGCCGCCUCCUACAAAAGAAGAUGAUGUCUUCGUCCCCAAGCCUCUCGGCCGCCCCAUCGGCUUUCCCGACCCCCCGCAAGCUGGCGAAAACACCGACAUCAUCAAAGUCAAGAGAGACUACAAAGGCAUGACGAUGUCGCAACGCAACCUGGCCAAACGCACCGAACUCGUCGAGAAAUGGGGCACAAACUACUUCCGCGACUUCAAGAACAUCCGCAAGUACCGGUCGGGCAAGACCUUCAUGGCGAACCCACGCGUCUUCAAGGCCGAGGCUGCGCUGUACUUCCCCAACCUGCACGGCGAGACGCUAGCGGCGCCGCAUGCCGACACGACGGAUGUGCUGCAGGGCAAGGUCACGGUGGUCAAUGUGUAUUCCAGCCAAUGGGGUGAGACGCAGGCGCGCAGUUUCACGGGCGUCAAGGAGAAUCCGGAGCUGCAGGAGAUUUUGAACGCGAAUCAGGGCGUGGCGCAGAUGGUGGAUGUUAAUAUCGAGGAGAACAGUUUGAAGGCGUGGAUCAUCGCGCUGUUCAAGUGGCAGCUCAAGGCAAAGAGGAAGCAGGAGGAGUGGGGGAGGUACUUUGUCGUCAGGAAGGGCGUCAGUGAGAAGAUCAGGGAGACAAUUGGGCUGCUGAAUGGCAGGGUAGGUUAUGUGUAUAUUGUGGAUGAGGAAUGCAGGAUCAGGUGGGCGGGCAGCGGAGAUGCUGAGGGGACGGAGAUGCAGGAUAUGAACAAGGGAUUCAAGAAGUUGAUUGAGGCGAGGAAGACGCUAGUAUGA